CCGCCAUGCUCACUUGUGUCAUCUGCCCUGUCCCUCGUCACCGGCCUUGUGCCCCAUCACUCCCAGUCCUGCCGUCACCAGCCUUGUGCCACCGUUGGUGUCCCUUAUCCCCGGCACUGGCCUUCGUUUAUUUUCUCGGGCCUUGUCCCGGUCAUGGGCCUCGCCCUGCCUUCACUGGCCUUUGCCACCUUCGCGGCCCUUGUCCACUGUCACCAGCUUUUUUCCUGCAAUGUGUACACAUGUACAGCCUUUUGUCACCUUAUCUGCCCAGUAAUGGCCUUGGCAGGCUGUCACCAUCCUAGUCCACCCGGCAAUGUUCAAUAGGUGAAUGAAGGAGCUGCUGCCCAGUCUAGCUAAGCAGCAAGGCUGAUUCCUGCUGUCUGCUCUGACAUUCAGAAACCCCACCCACUCUUACCACCCUCCUGGUCAGGCUCUCUCCUGAGGCCACAAGGCAGAGGCCACUGGCCAGGAGGAGCCUCUUCUCAGAAGAGAGUCAGCCCUGGCCUGAAGUCUUGGGGCAGCAAGGUCAAAGACACGGCGGGGUGUCCAUCAGUUGGCCCUUAGUGGUAGAACUUGGAGCUGCCAGUUUGGUCAGCCCAGACCUGUUUGCCUGCCUUGGUGCUCAGGUGUCUCCCGGGGCUCAGGAGCAUGGGGAAGGACCGUCUGGGCAGAAUGUCACGAUGGACGAGGGGGGCAUGCCCCUGCUCCCCGACAGCCUUAUCUACCAGAUCUUUCUGAGCCUGGGCCCUGCAGAUGUGCUGGCUGCUGGGCUGGUAUGCCGCCAAUGGCAGGCUGUAUCCCGGGACGAGUUCUUAUGGAGGGAGCAGUUCUACCGUUACUAUCAGGUGGCUCGAGAUGUGCCCCGCCACCCAGCGGCCACGUCCUGGUAUGAGGAGUUCCGACGGCUCUAUGACAUGGUACCCUGUGUGGAGGUGCAGACGCUGAAGGAGCACACUGACCAGGUCUUGCACCUCAGCUUCUCCCACUCGGGGUACCAGUUCGCUUCCUGCUCCAAGGACUGCACAGUGAAGAUCUGGAACAAUGACCUGACCAUCUCGCUGCUGCACAGUGCAGAUAUGAGGCCAUACAACUGGAGCUACACCCAGUUCUCCCAGUUCAACCAAGAUGACUCAUUGCUGCUGGCCUCGGGGGUGUUCCUGGGGCCACACAACUCCUCCUCAGGCGAGAUAGCUGUCAUCAGCCUAGACUCCUUCGCCCUGCUGUCCCGUGUGCGAAACAAGCCCUACGAUGUGUUUGGCUGCUGGCUCACAGAAACCAGUCUCAUUUCGGGGAACCUGCACCGCAUUGGAGAUAUCACCUCCUGUUCAGUGCUAUGGCUCAACAAUGCCUUCCAGGAUGUGGAGUCAGAGAAUGUCAACGUGGUAAAGCGGCUCUUUAAGAUCCAGAACCUCAACGCUAGCACCAUCCGUACAGUAAUGGUGGCUGACUGCAGCCGCUUUGAUAGCCCGGACCUCCUACUGGAUGCUGGUGACCAGGCUGGGCUCCCCUGCCGAGUCUUUGACCUAGGUGGGGACAGUGAAGAAGAAGUCCCUGACCCAGGUUUGCACACCUCUGGUUCUGGCCGUGUCAAGGAAGGUUUGCGGCGCAUGUUGGAUAAUGUGUUGGAUGGACAUGCACAGAUAACAGAUUGUGCACUGGAGACCAAGGUGGCUGAGCUGCUGGCCCAGGGCCACACCAAACCCCCAGAGUGUAGUGAUGCUAACACCAGGAACAAGUACCUCAUCUUCACCACUGGCUGCCUCACCUACUCACCACAUCAGAUCGGCAUCAAACAGAUACUGCCACACCAGAUGACUACAGCAGGGCCUGUGCUGGGUGAGGGCCGGGGCUCCGAUGCCUUCUUUGAUGCACUGGACCAUGUCAUUGACGUGCAUGGGCACAUCAUUGGCAUGGGCCUGUCUCCUGAUAACAGGUACCUCUAUGUGAAUAGCCGUGCCUGGCCUCCUGGCUCAGUGGUUGCUGACCCCAUGCAGCCACCACCCAUUGCAGAGGAGAUUGACUUGCUGGUGUUCGACCUCAAGACCAUGCGGGAGGUGAAGCGGGCUCUGCGAGCGCACCGUGCCUACACACCCAAUGACGAGUGCUUCUUCAUCUUCUUGGAUGUCAGCAGAGAUUUUGUGGCCAGUGGGGCUGAAGAUCGGCAUGGCUAUAUCUGGGACCGCCACUACAACAUCUGCCUAGCCAAGCUGCGGCACGAGGAUGUGGUCAACUCGGUAGCCUUUAGCCCCCAGGAGCAGGAGCUCUUGUUGACAGCCAGCGAUGAUGCCACUAUCAAAGCCUGGCGUUCACCACGCACUGUUCGUGUCCUCCAGGCCCCACGCCCACGCCCACGCCCCUUCUUCUCCUGGUUUGCCAGCCAUAGGCGCUGAAGGCAUCAGUGACUUGAGCCAUUUGGACCCACUGGGGAAAAUGAUACCCUGUGGUUGUUUACUGCACUGGGGCAGAAUAGCUCACAGCAGUAAUGCCUUAGGAGGGGACAGCCUGACCCCAACACACUCACAUGCAACCUGCUCACUUAGCCAUCAGGCUCAACACUAGGGUAGCCUUUGUUGGCAGCAUCAGAGAUCCCAUGUCAGCCUCUUGGCCAGCUUGGAGUAUACAGGACAGUAGAAGUCCUGUUCUUCACUUACCCUCGUCCCCUGGGCUGCAGCUCACACAGCUCCAGGCUGACCACUGCCUGGUUACCUUUUAUGCUGAGCAAAACCCACACCCUCGGAUAUCCUGAGUGACAGGCCAUAGGCUCUGGUCUCUGAUAAUUAGAUUUGCGCUACUGAUUGAGCAGCCUGCAGUGGACCGUGGGUGCUGCAUGUUGCACUCAUUAACUGUUUGGGUUAAUGAAUAAACAGUUGGCAACAGCA